GUCCAAACGUUGUCAGUUCGUUUUCCUGGAUGGAAGAAAACUGCUUCGAGUUUCGAAUAGAAAUCUUGCAAUAUAGAAACCGCCAAGACCUGUGGAUUGUAGAUGUAGAGCGAAUGGUUCCGUUGUUUUUCCUACACGUCUUACCGAUUAACGUGAAUCAUCGAAUUCCUUUUAAAAAAAGUCUAUUUCGUUCCCUAUUUCUUUUUAAGGAUUGCACUUCCACGUGGUUGGCGAAUGUGUGGUGCGGGUACGUUCCGGUAGACAUGAGCGAUCGUACGACAAGGAAAACUACAUCGAUUUUCGCAUGCGGCUUCUGGGCGAACCGGACCAUCAAGGAGCGACCGUUCUUUCACCUGGGAUACACAGUUUUCCGUUUAAGCUGGGGCUUCCCGUCGAUCUCCCUUCCACGUUUCUUGGCCGCUACGGAUGGGUGCAAUACUUUUGCAAAGCUGCCUUGCGCGAGCCGUCCGGGCUGAUUCACAAAAAUCACCAAGUGUUCAUUGUUAUGAAUCCGAUCGACCUGAACACCGAACAAUCCUAUUUGGCGGAUCCUUUCAAGUGCAACAUUGAGCACAACCUCGGAGUUGCCUGCGUGGGUGGUGGCAUCGUAAAAUGCAAAAUAAUCCUGGACAGAGGCGGAUAUGUACCGGGGGAAUCAAUUUUGAUUAAUGCAACUGUAAACAACUCCAGCAAUGUAACAAUCAAAAGCACGAAGGCUGCAUUAACAGAGACCAUUCAAUAUUUCGCGCACGAUAAGGUGGUACAAACGGAAAAACGUGAGCUGGCGGUAAUUGCUCGUGGAAAAAUUCGAGCUGGCUGUCGGGACGAUUGGCAAAACGAAUCUCUGUAUGUUCCCCCGCUGCCUCCAACGAACCUACGCGGAUGCCAUCUCAUCCGGAUACAGUACGAUGUUUGCUUUUUGAUCGAACCGAAAUCAUUGGAGAAACAGGUUAAGCUGCAAUUGCCCAUCACACUAGGCACAUAUCCGUUUAAAACUAACGACGACGAGGACACAAACGAAUGGGCCGAAACCGUGUACAGGCCGGACACGCACUAUCCGUCAACAUUGCCAAUUUUCAGACCAUGGCUGCACGACAAAACGGAUUCUAAAUAGAAGCAACGUUCCGAGUGAUACACCUUAUUUCUAGCUAAGACAAUUUUGCAUUUUUAUAGUUUAGGCGGCGGCAUCUGCAUGGACGUGCCAUAUCCAAUUGAAAUCCAGUAUAAUAUUUGUGAGACAUCGUAUAUGUAUGUUAUGUAACGAGAAACGAUAGUUUAUUAAACGAAUAAAUGAUACUAUUUUACAAA